AUGAAACUCCACGCUGCAGCUAUCCUCGUCAUCUUCUGGCUUGGCGUCUUCACUGUGCACAUGGCGAAAGGGAGCGUUGGAAGUCAGCCCAUGCGCAAGCUCCGUUGUGUAAGUCUGUCGACACAGCAACUGAACAUCCGAAAUCUUGUCAGCUAUGAAAAGCAACAAGUUCCAGUAAACGCCAUCAUGUUUAUCACCGCAACAGGUAUCAAGAUCUGCGUAAGCCCUAAUCAGAAAUGGGUGCAGGCUGCUAUAAAAAAAAUAGACCAAAAACGUACCACCAAAGGCAAAUAA